UCGUUUCUUUUGUUAGUGACGGUUGAUUUUAUAAUAAAUACAACUCAUUAAACUUGACAAAUACUUAUGAAUCUGAUGCAUUGCGUAGUCUGAAACGUUAUUUCCAAGUUAUUUCUUGCAAAAGUCACGUAGGCCACUAAAUAGUAGGAUGUAAAUAAAUCGGAUAAUCGUGCAUGUGUUUUAUUUUAUUGUUCAGCUAAGUAUCUUGUAUUUACGAACUAUGAAUGGAAUAAGUACAACCUAGGACAAUGGAAGAUUUAGCAGCGAAUCCUAAUAUAGUAGUAGUGCGAGCGAAACCAGAGGGCCAAAGAAAAACUUUUAAACCCAACGUGCGAUCAGUGAAUAAAAUACCAGAUGAACUACUUAAUGAUCCUUUAAUAAAUAGAGCAUGUGAAGCUCUUCCAAGUAACUAUAAUUUUGAAAUACAUAAGACGAUAUGGAGGAUUCGAACUCUAGGUUCAAAGAGAAUUGCUCUUCAAUUACCUGAAGGUCUGACUAUGUUUGCGACAACUCUAUGUGAUAUAAUUGAAGCAUUUACUGAAGCUGACACUGUAAUAAUGGGAGAUGUGACAUAUGGGGCAUGCUGUGUCGAUGACUUUACAGCUCAAGCCCUUGGUGUAGACCUACUAGUGCAUUAUGGACACUCCUGUCUUAUCCCAAUAGACCAAACAAAUAUAAAAGUACUAUAUAUUUUUGUUGACAUAAAAAUUGAUCCAUCACACUUUAUAGAAACAAUAAAGUUGAACUUUCCAAGGAAAACACAUUUAGCAUUAGUAAGUACUAUUCAAUUUGUUACAACUCUUCAUUCGGUUUCGAAGAAUCUCAGAGAAGAAGAUUAUGUUGUCACAGUUCCACAAAGUAAACCUUUAUCUCCUGGUGAAAUCUUGGGAUGUACUGCACCUAAACUAAAUGCUGACUGUAUUAUAUAUCUUGGUGAUGGUAGAUUUCAUCUAGAAGCCAUUAUGAUAGCUAAUCCUAAUAUACCAGCAUAUAAAUAUGAUCCAUAUGAAAAAAAAUUCACAUCUGAAGAAUAUGAACAUGAAAUUAUGAAAAUGAACAGGAAUAAUCAAAUAAAAAUUGCAUCAGAAGGAAGUAAAUUUGGUCUGAUUCUUGGAACAUUAGGAAGACAGGGAAGCACAAAAGUACUAGCAAAUUUAGAGAAACAAAUUUCUAAUUCCAACAAAAACUAUAUCAAGAUACUGCUGUCUGAAAUAUUUCCUAGUAAGUUGGCAUUAUUUGGAAUGGAUGCCUUUGUCCAAGUUGCUUGUCCUCGAUUAUCAAUAGAUUGGGGCACAGCUUUUCCCAAACCAUUACUUACACCUUAUGAAUGUUCAGUAUCCUUAGGGAACUCUAAAUGGCUGAAGGAUGAUGGUACUUAUCCAAUGGAUUUCUAUUCUAAUGACAGUUUGGGUCCGUGGACACCAAACUACAAACCAGUGUUGUGUUCAGAGAGUGAUAAAAAGUGUGACAACUGUUGUGGUAGAAAGAAAUGAUGUUCUUACUGGUGCUCCUUGUGAUGCUAUUGCAGCUGUUUCCCGAGCUUGGGCAAAAGCUUUGGAGGUCAUAAACUUUGAAGGGAAAGUCUCAGCAAAGUUGGCAAUGGUCACACUUUUUGUGUCGGGUCUGUAACAAAUAAGAUAUUUGAAGAUGAGCAUACCAAGGUACAAUUAGUAAUAUCUGAUAGCAUUAGCUGACUGAAAGAUGUACUAUCUGAUGUCAUUAUAAUUACCCUGGGGUUGCCAAACAUACUCUAAAAUAGAGUGUCAUACUCUAUAACAUGUAUAUGCAGUAUCAUACUCUAUAACAUGUAUUAAAAAAAAAGUAAUUUUUACAUAAACUAACUUUCUUGGUGUAUUUUUUUUAUUUAUGAAUAUAAGGGAUGAGAAGAGCAGGACGUUUAGCUGAUGGUAAUUGAUACACCCUACCCAUUACAUUUCAGUGCCACUCACGAUCUUGAAAAACCCAAAAAUUGUGCUCGUCACCUUGAGACACUAAGAUAUUAAGUCUUAUUUGCCCAAUAAUUAAACUAGCUAUGGCACCCUUCAGACCGAAACAUAGUAAUGUUUACAUAUUACUGCUUCUCGGCAGAAAUAGGUGCUGUUGUGGUACCCAUAAUCUAGCCGACAUCCUGUGCAAAGGAGCCUCUGGAGGAAGAGUGUAUGUCCAUAUCACACAAAAACACUUUAAAUUACUAUAUAAUGUUUUUUUAUGAAACACAAUGCAAUGAUAAUCCAUAGAAAUCUGUAUCACUAGACAUUUUUUACAUUUAGAAAAGUCAAUAUCCUGUGAGUGUGAACAAGCGCACCAUAUUUUGAGGCGGAAAUAGAUGUAAUAUUAAUAAUUUAAUAUAAGAUGGACUUCAGUGCAUUUAAUGGAUAUACUGUGUGUGGGCUCCAGUGUGUGCUAGAGCAAAUAACUCUUGAACUGUGCUCGAGAUUUGUAACUCUGGAGUAGGUCUAUGGGGCUCCCUAACAUUGUAUGUUAGCAACUCUUAUUUAACUUCUUAAACAACUAAUCAUAUCAAUUAAAACAGUAUAGUAUAGUGACUAUAGUGUAUAAAAUACCUGUGCAUCAGGGCAACGCUGAAACAGUAGUUGAAAAGUUGUGGGUUCAGAUUCACUCGGCAGUAGAUGCAGGUUGACAGAAACUGUUGCAGCUGAUUCUCGGGAACAGCUGUUAGAUAAAUUAAUUAUUUAUUUAAUUCAAUGUUUUAUAUGUAAUUUAAUAUUUUAUAAUAAAUAUUGAUUAUUA